AUGGAUACUUUCCAGAUCAGGCCGUCAUUUCUGUUUGGAAUGCAAUUCUCGCGGGAAGAGGCUCUGAGCGGUGAGUUGUCAGCAGAAAGCUUUGCUCAGAUACAAAAGCGAUAUAAUGACUACGACGGUGCUGCUGAGAAGGAACCAAAAUGGGGAGCGCAAAAUGCUAUGCAGUGCUACGUGCAAGCCCAGGCUGUUCCCGACAAGACGGUUGCCGACUGUGUGGAAGCCUUAAUAGGUACAUAUCUUCUAAAUGGAGGCGUUUUGGGAGCUAUUAAAAUUCUGGAAUGGCUGAAGAUUAUACCAGCUGAGGAACGCUUAAAUACACUCCUCCACAAGCCAGUGUCUACGGCUUUUACACAAAAAAAUGCAAGCGUGGCCGAAAUUGAUCACCUGCUAAACCACACACGAAACGAUCUGCAAGAAAUACUAAACUACACGUUUAAAGAUCCAGCACUUUUGUUAGAGGCCCUGUCUCAUCCCUCGUAUAUACGGAACCGUUACACACUAUCCUACGAACGUCUAGAGUUCAUAGGCGAUGCUGUUUUGGAUUUUCUCAUCACAUCGUACUUAUUCGAGAACUGUCGAGAUCUGAAACCUGGAGACCUGACCGACUUGAGGUCAGCUCUUGUGAACAACGUCACUUUCGCCGCGUAUGUUGUGAAACUGGGACUGCACAAAUAUAUUUGCUCACAGUUGAAUCCAGCACUGGAUAACGCUAUAUUGGCUUUUGUUGAACAUCAAGAACAGAGGGACCACGAAAUUGUUGAAGACGUCUUAUAUCUGAUAGAAGAAGAGGAAUGCCAGGUCGCUGAAUACGUCGAAGUGCCUAAGACCCUGAGUGAUAUUUUCGAAUCGUUGGCGGGCGCUAUAUAUUUGGACAGUGGCGGGGAUUUGCAAGCCGUUUGGUCCGUCGUAUACAGGAUCAUGUACAAGGAGAUCAACAAUUUCUCCAUCCGCAUACCGAUUCAGCCAGUGCGUGUGCUCAGUGAAAAUAUAUACGCUUGCCCUUCUUUCAAAAAGGCAAAAGUAACCAACUCUGACAUACCCAAAGUAAUGGUACCAGUUACUUUUACAAAGAAGGGCCGACAGCACACAGUGUAUGGAGUGGGAAAUAAUAAAUUCCAAGCGAAGCGAGCCGCGGCCAAAUUGGCGCUGAAGGUUUUGAGCUGUUGA